UCAGUUAAAAUUUUACGACUAUAAUGAAAAUAAGUUCUUAUGAAGUCGAAGGUUGAUACACAUGUCGCUGACUUUGUUUACAUUUAUCGGCGAACUGCUGUUGUCAUCUCGCAUUCGUUCUAGUGGUUUGAGUCGAUUCAUAUCAAAAUAAGGCAGCCAUGUCUCCAGAAAAAUCUACUGAAAAGAAAGCUUCUGAGAAGAAGGUAGCUGAUAAUAAAUUGGAGGAAAACACUUUGUCAAAUGUAAUUACCGAUGGGGGCAGACUUGUUAAAAUGGAAGUAGACUACUCUACCACUUGUGAUGAGAAAAUUCCUGCUGCCAAACAGAUGGCCAAAGAUGGUCGAGUACAGGAAGCUGUGGAAAGUUUAAUGACGCUAGAAAAGCAAACCAGAACGGGAGCAGAUGCACACUCCACAAGCAGAGUGCUAGUUGCCAUUGUUGAAAUAUGUUUUGAUGCUGGGGAAUGGAAUUUGAUGAAUGAGAGUAUUGUUACGCUUACCAAAAAGCGUUCACAGAUAAAAAUGGCAGUCACAAAGAUGGUUCAACAGUGUUGUGAAUAUGUGGAUAAAACACCAGAUAAAGAAACGAAACUAAAACUCAUGGACACUCUUAGGACUAUAACAGCUGGGAAGAUAUACGUGGAAGUUGAAAGAGCAAGACUUACACACAAGUUGGCAAUGAUUAAAGAAACUGAAGGUGAUAUUCAAGAGGCAGCAAAUAUCCUUCAGGAGCUUCAAGUCGAAACAUUUGGCUCAAUGGAGCGUAAAGAAAAGGUGGAAAUGAUAUUGGAACAGAUGAGGCUUUGUUUAUUGAAGAAGGACUUUGUAAGAACACAAAUUAUAUCCAAGAAGAUCAGUACUAAGUUCUUCAGUUCAGAAUCUGUGGAUGAUCUGAAACUCAAGUUUUACAACUUAAUGAUAGAACUGGACAGUCAUGAGGGGUCAUUCUUGAGUAUUUGUCGUCAUUAUAGAGCCAUUUAUGAUUCUAAGAGUGUACAAGAUAAUGAAGAGGAGAAGAAGAGGAUACUUAAACAUGUGGUCUUGUAUAUUAUUCUGGCUCCUUAUGAUAAUGAACAAAGUGACCUGCUUCAUCGAAUCAAAGAUGAUAAAACUUUAGAAGAAAUUCCUCUGUACAAGGACUUGCUGCAGUUAUUUGUGACUGCUGAACUUAUUAAAUGGUCGAGGUUAUGCGAGGUUUAUGAAACUGAGUUGAGAUCCAGUGCUACUACUGUAUUCCCUAAUAAUGAGGAAGGAAACAGUCGUUGGACUAAACUAAAGAACAGAGUUGUCGAACAUAAUAUCCGAAUGAUGGCUAAGUAUUACACCAGGAUUUAUCUGAAAAGGAUGGCAGAACUCUUGGACCUUUCAGUCAAGGAAAGUGAAGAAUUUCUAUGCCAGUUAGUAGUGUCUGGAACUGUGACGGCCCGCAUGGAUAGAUUAGAGGGUGUAGUGAAUUUUGGUACCAAUCCUGAACACUCACAGCUCCUGAACAGCUGGUCAGACUCUUUGCAUCAUUUGAUGGCCCUUGUCAAUAAGACCACACAUCUCAUCAAUAAAGAAGAGAUGGUACACAAGCAUCUUCUAAAGGAAUAAUAGUUGGAAAGUUAUGAUUAGGUUUGCGGUGCAAGGUUGAUCUAUUAUGCUUGAAAAUUUUUUGUAAUAUUCCUAAGUCUUUUAGAUUCUAAGACAUCUUUAUAACAAUGAAGGAUGUGCUUAUUUAUUGUAAGAAGAUAGAAACAUUUAAUGUAUUUCUAAUAAAAGCUUAAUUCUUUUGUUUAUAGAUUUUGUAUGUAUUAAAUUUAAACCACCUAAUAUGGAUGAAUAUCUGUUCUUUAUUAGGAUGCUAGAUAUAUUGUUAUAUUUCAUAAUUAAAAGUUAUGAAAAAUAA